AUGAAGGAGAGUAAUAAGGAGGAGGCGGUAGUGCCGAGUCAUCGCCAGCAGUUGCUGACGGUGACGGUGUCGAGUCCGGACGCCGAGGACGCCGAGCCGCGAGUGCUGUUGCAGUCGCCGGCGCCGAAACGGUCUCCGUCGCCGGCAGUGCUGAAGCUGGAGACGUUGCCUGGCAACGAGUUGCAAGUAUCGAGUGCUGCUGGUGGCGGCGGAGGAGAUGGGCCAGAGAACAAUAGCAGCCCUAACCACAACCACCAACAACAGCACCAAGGCAACAACAGCGAGAGGCGGCAGUUGUCCGUGUCGGCCACGCUGUUGAGAAGUGGCCAGGUGUCGGCCAAGGACGCCGAGAAGCUGCAAGACAAAGUGCGCCGCGACCGCCUCAACGCGUGUCGCCUCUUGCUCACGCAGGCCUGUCCCAAUGGGCGCCUCUUGAAGGCCCACGACUUUUUCCGCCUCCUUGCCGACCCCAAAUUCCUGGAUGAGCUGUUUGGAUUGUUCGACCACCAGGAAGCGGAUCACUUGGUUCAGGACCAGUGGAUCAGUUCCCUCAAACACACGCAGUGCAAUCCAGCUGGCCGAGAUUUUGCGGAAUUGGUGGAAAGCGUCGCUUACAUUUUAGUGCAACAAGAAAAUGUGAAUCUCGCAGUUUUUCGCAGGAUCUUCUCUUCCCGAGGCGUGUUGGAGAAGUUCUUUCGGCUGGUGGACGCCGACAAGGACGACGUUGUUUCAGUGCCUGAGAUCAUGGAGACCAUCACCAACAUGACUAUGCCAGGGGAUAGGGAACAUAGUUUGACAGCCGAGAAUUUGGCACUUUUAGAAAAAAUGUUCCGGGAACACAUGAGCCGGGACUCGGAGAUUCAUCUCGAUGAGUUUAGGGCCAUUCUCAAUUCCAAAAAUCCGUUUUUUGCAGAGAGGGUUUUUAGCAUCUUUGACCGGGAUGGAUCCGGUGCCAUUUCUCUGGCCGAGUUCCUCGAGUCCAUGGGCCGGUUUGCAACUCAGAAUCACGACGAGAAAAUAAGCUUCCUUUUUCAAAUCUAUGACGUUGAUGGGGAUGGCCUGAUUCAGAGGACCGAGUUGCAGGCUGUGCUUAGGGCAUGCAUGGAUGAAAAUGGCAUGAAUUUCAGCGAUGAGCAAAUUGAGGACCUCACGUAUGCCCUGUAUGAGGACGCAGAUGCCACAGGCAACGAAAUCACUUACGAUGCCCUCAAAGCCCAGCUCAUGAAACACGAAGGACUGUUGGAGAACCUCAGCAUUUCAAUUGAGAGAUGGCUGGUGCCUCCGAAAAAGAGCACCCAGGGCAAGUCGCACAGUUUCCAGCUUCCUUACCAGCUGACAAUGCCUUACAUAAAGAACAACUAUGUGUAUUUGAUCUUCGUGGGACUCAUCAUUGCCACAAACAUCAUCCUGGCAGCCAAGAGAAUUUACGACUUCCGGACUUCCAAUGGCUUUAUCAUAGUGGCGAGGAUAUGUGGUCAGUGCUUGAACUUCAACUCGACCUUCAUCCUGGUGCUGAUGCUGAGACACACGCUGACCUUUCUGCGCAAUCACGGACUGGCGAGUGUGCUUCCCCUGGAUCAGCACAUUUACUUGCACAAAGUCUGCGGUUGGCUCAUCUUGUCCUUUGCUCUGGUCCACACAGUUGCUCAUUUAGCAAACAUAGCUUACUUCUUCAUGCCGGUACUGGACAAGUUGGACUUGACUUACGCCGAGUGGCUGUUCACUACGCGGCCGGCCCCGAAUUUCUACGGAAAACCCAUCAAUUAUGGUUUGGUUACUGCUUGGGCGAAUCCCACUGGCUGUGCACUGGUCGUCAUUCUCAUCGUCAUGAUAUUUUAUUGGACUCACUUGCUGUACAUUCCGUACUGGGUCAUUUUGGUCCUCCAUUGCAAGAACUUUUGGAAAUGGCUGGUCGGACCCGGGAUAAUCUUCCUGAUUGAGCGUCUGGUCCGAGUGGUUCGCAUGAGCAGCAAUUCCGGAAGGACUUACAUUUCCUCUGGGAUCAUGCUGCCGUCCAAGACUGAAGUCUAUUACGUGGAUGUGUCUGUUUUGCGAGACGAACAACUGUACGUCUCUAAAGGCGGUCUGUUGGGCAAAAAAUCUGCUGUGCCGGAGGUAACACAUUUGGUUGUGAAGAGGCCGCCGAACUUUUUCUACAGCGCCGGGGAUUACGUCUUUGUCAACAUUCCGGCCAUUGCCAAGUACGAAUGGCACCCGUUUACCAUCAGCAGUGCACCCGAGUUGGAAGAUUACAUUUGGCUGCAUAUCCGAGGAGUCGGCCAGUGGACGAAUAGACUGUAUAAUCACUUUGCUGCUGAGCAAGCCAAGCUGGAGAAUAUGAAACACACUGCAAUGGUGCCCAUGGAAGGACUGCUGAAAGGCCUGACAGUGCCCAAGAAACCUGCCAAGGGAAGGCCAAGAUCAGGAUUCCAGAACAUCAAGAGGAAGAUCAGCCAGUCUUUCAGGCCGAGUAACCGAGACAGCGUUGUCGUGACGAACAGCCACGAAAUGGCGAUUAACGGCUCGGCUUCGGCGGCGGCGAUGAGGAACGGCGGCGGCGGUGGCGGCAGUGGCGGAGGAAACGGACUGGUGAACCAAGCCUUCGGAGGGACCGAGCCCAUGGUGUCCAUCAGUCUCGGCCGCAACAACGGCGACUCUCCGCCAAAUUACGAAAAUGGCCAAGGAGACUGUCCGUCGUCACCCAGUGCCACGUCUGACGUGUUCCUGCAGACGAGUCCCAGCCCCGCGGGCAUGGAGACGGCGACUCACCGGCGCAAGACGCGGUUCCUGAGCACGGGCAAGAAGCCAGCCCUGCCAACGUCCAAGUAUUCGCCGGCCAGCACGGGGGCCACAAUUACAGUGGUGCCGCCGUCUCAGCGGAAGGUGGAGAAGACCAAGUCUCUGCCGGACUUGGAGGUGAACAUGAGGCGAAGGAACAAGAAUUUGCUACUCAGGGAGAAGGGAAGAGCCACUUCAGAGCACGCGUUUGACGACCAGACCCUGCAGCGGGCAGUGAUCCAGGCCUCUGGCAGCAGCAGCAGUGCCUACAAGUCCCCGCAGAACCGG